AUGGUGGUAGAAGGCAGUUCUGGCGCCGAGAGCAUCUGCCCCGAGGAGUGCCGGUGUCACUCGCAUUACGACGCGGAGGAGGGGCACGAGCUGCGCGUGAGCUGCACGCGCGGCGGCAUGCGCGCCGUUCCCGUUGAUUUUCUAGACCGCAACGCGCAAAUUCUGGUUAUUUCUGCACCGCAGGAACGACCAAACUUCCUUACCAUCGGCCCAAUUUUUACGCAACCGACGCCGUUCGCCCAUCUCCGGCAACUCCACAUCGUCAAUUCAAACGUGCCCUCGAUAGGCCAAUACUCCUUCUGGGGACUACAAAAUCUACAGCUUAUCAACUUGACAUAUAACAAUUUAACCGCAAUAGGGACCGAUAAUUUCCGGGGACUCAUUAAUCUUACGGAACUACAUCUCGACCACAAUCAUAUAGCGACGAUGCCAAGCGAAACUUUCAGACACCUCACAUCUUUGAGAAUAUUAAUUCUGGCAAACAAUCAAAUUUCCUCCCUGGUGCCUAGACUUUUUCGAAUGCUGGCUAAACUAUAUCAUCUGGACUUAAGUUACAAUCCUUUAGCAGAUUUGAAUCCUGAAGUACUAGAUAUUUCACAUAAUAAGUUACAAGCAUUAAGUGAGCAAGACUUGCAGAGACUGGAAGCCAUAGCGCAAGUUCAUUUGUCUAAAAACUCAUGGCAUUGUGAUCAGUGCUCGGCUGGAACUAUGCUAGUGUACAUGUCUACCACAGUUCUUAAUUCUACAAUUAGAAAUCUUAAGUGCUACUCUCCGAUGCGGUUGCGGGGAACGAGUUUUGCGAGCUUAAGUUUUGAUCGCUUGGAUCCAUGUCCCAGUACGCAUGAAGCUCAGAUGAGUGUCAUAGCGGGGCUGAUGUUGCUAUGCGUCGCGGUUUUGGCGGCCGUGGCGGCAGCGUUAUGCUACUCGCGGCGCCGAGCCGCUCACUACUACACUAACGAAGAGAAACGACGCGAACACGAACACGAGCACCCCGAAGAGUUAUUGGGACGAACCGAGCUUGGCAGCGUGGCUACUAUCCACGCGCCGUACCACCUGGUGUCGAAGGGCAGCUAACGGCGAGCCGCGACGCCGGCGCCGGCGCGGCCGCCCCGUGCGCACCU